AUGGCAACUGCACAGUUACAAAGCUCAGGCAUGCUAUCAAGAGAACAGUUGCUUUAUCUCUUUAAUUCCUUCUCUCGACUAACUUCCCAGCCCGAUGUAAAGAAAAGGAUUGCUGAUGCCGUGAAUGACAAACAAGAAGCUGUUGCUGCUACCACUGCAAUCCAGGAAUCUAUAUUUCUGGAAAUGGGGGUUGAUCCAAGUUUUGGUAUUUCAUGCUUGGGGAAAGUGAACAUGGUCUAUGAAAAUGAUCAGGAUUUGAUGAUUCGCUUUUACAAAUUUGUUGCAAAUGAAGAAAUUGCCUGUGAAGAAGCUGAGCUUGGGCCAGAUGCGUUUGCUGAAAAAAUGCACAAUCAACAUAAACUACAGGAGCAACAACUAGAGAUGCUAAAGUACAUGCGCAAAUUUCACCUGGAUGAUCAAUCUGCAAUUCUUGAGAAGUUGCAUCAGCAGAUGGAAAAUGCCAAUUUUGAAGGUGAGGCAUCAGUUUUGUCCCCCGAACAAAUUCAGGAGACUGUCCGAAGAAGGGUUUCACCACUGUUUCGGCCUGGGUAG